AUGAAAAUUACUAAUAAUUUAUCACCAUAUUUCUUUAGUCGAAUGCUGGGAGGAAAUAGACAGCAGGAUAUAAAAAAUCUUCAAAAUGAAAAAGCUGAGUUAAGAGCUCAGUUGGAAAGAGAGCAAAAUGAGAAACAAGAACUUUUUACACAGAUGAAUGUUCUUAUUGCGGAAGUUGCCGAAAUGGAUACAAAAUUACAAGUGGCAGAGAUGUCAAAAAAUAGUUAUGAAUUAAGGAGAGAUGAAAUAGAAAGUGAACUUCAAUUGUUAUUACUUGAAAAAAAAAAGUAUGAGAAUGAAACUCAAAAAUAUAAAAUGGAUUUAGAUUUAAAAGAAGAACAAAUUGAAAAUAUUAAAAAAAAAUAUGAAGAAGAGAAGAGAGAACUUGAAAAAGAUAUACAAAUGAAAACUGCAGCACUGCAAAGUUUAAAACUAGCUAAACAAGAAAAAAAAGAAGAUUCAGAUAAAGUAUUAAAAUUAACAAAAGAAAAAGGUGAACUAGAAAUAGAAGUUGAACAAUUACAAAAAGAAAUAGAAAGAAAAAACAAAAAUAUUUCUAGUAAUGAAAAACAAAUUUUAGAUUUAGAGGAAGGAAUAAAAUUAAAAAAAGAAGAAGUUGAUCAACUGGAUAGUUUAAUACAACAAAAAGAAAAUUUAUUAAUUGAAGCAAAAAAAGAAAGUAAUAUAAUUAAAGAAAAACUAAAAAAUUUUGAAUUUGAUAAAAAAACAUCUGAUGAAGUAAUAAAAAAUUUAGAAGAAAAACUUGAGUCAAUGAAAGAGGAACUUCACAAAAAAUUACAGAAUGAUGAUGAUAAUGGUAAAGAAAAACUUGAAUUGUUGUCGAAGAUAGAUAAGUUAGAAGAACUAGUUCAGAUUGGAAAUUUAGAAAAACGUGAAUAUGAAAGUCAACUUAAAAGUAAAGAAGAUGAAGUAAAAAAUUUAGUAGGUGAAAAAGAUAAUGCUAUAAAAAAACUUAAUGAUAAGAUUGUUGAAUUAAAAGAUUUAAUUGAAGCUAAUGAAAAAAAAAUUAUACAUUUAGAAGAAGAAAAAAAAAUAACAACCAAAAAAAUGGAAGAAAUGGAAACAAAAAACGAUGAAAAUAAGUUAUUAUUAAAGAAUAAAAAUGGUGAAAUUUUAUUAUUAAAUGAGAAAAUAGAAAGUACAAAAACAGAAGUGCUUGAAAAUAAUGAUCGUGUAAAUAAUUUUGAAAAAGAGAUAAAACAAUUAAAUGAAAAGUUAUUAAAACUUACAAAAGAUUAUGAUGAUUGUAAAGUUGCUUUAGAAGAAGAAAAAUCUAAUAAGGCACAUUUAAUAGAAAAUGAAAAAAAAGAAAAAAAAAAGUUGUUGAAAAAAGUAGAAGAUUUAGAGAGAGAGAUAAUUGAGAAAAAAAAUGAAUGGAUGGAAGAGAGAGAAAAAUUGAAAAAAGAUAUAGAAGAACAGUUACAAAAGAUGAUUAAAAUUGCUAGUGAAAAUGAGAUGUUAAAGAAUGAAGUUAAAAAUGAUGCCAAAUUAGAGCAGGUAAAGAAAGAUUGGGAAGAGAAGGAGAAGAUACUUCAAAUGAGUUUGCAAAAACUUGAAAAUGAAGCGUUAUCUCAAAAGAAGGAUCUUGAAAGUCAAAUAAAUUUUUUGAAGAAUGAAUUAACCAGUGUAAAUAAGGUAAAAGAUGAAGAAAUUCAUAAUUUACGAGAAGAGAAUGCUACUAACUUUGAUUUGGUUCAAAAACUUUCCUCUAAAAAUGAACUCUUAACAUUAGAAUUAAAUUCUGAAGAUAAAGUAAAAGCAAUUAAAGAACAAUAUGAUCAAAAAGAAUUAUCAUUAAUUGAAACGCAUAAUAUUGAAUUACAAAAGUACAAAGAUAUUGCUGAAAAAAAUGAAAAAAUGAAUGAAGAAAAUCAUAAUCUUAUUAAUACACUUAAAGAAGAAAUAAAUAAACUUAAAAAUGAAAAUGAGAAAAAUUUUAGCCUACUAGAAAAAAUUUCAUCUGAAAAUGAACAAUUAAAAAUAGAACUUAAAAAUGAAGAUAAAAUUAAUAAUGUUAAAGAUGAAUUUGAAAAACAACAAAAUGAAUUAUUAAAUUCUCAUAAUAAUGAAAUUGAAAAAUUAAAGAAGAUAAUUGAUGAUCAAAAAUUAGUUAUUAAAACAUUAAAUGAAGAAGCAGCAAACUUUGGUGUUGUUAUGAAAAAGAUGAGUAUUGAAAAUGAAGAAUUAAAACAUGAAGCUAUAAAUGAAAGUAAAAUAAAUAGCGUAAAAAAUGAAUUUGAGAAAAAACAAAUGAAAUUGUUAAACACUCAUACAGAGGAGGUAGAACAAUUGAAAAAAAUAAUUGAAAAACAAGAAUUAGAUAUUAAAAUAUUAAGAACAGAUGCAGAUAAUGUUGAUAGUAUUAUGAGAAAAUUAAGUGUUGAAAAUGAUGAAUUGAAAAAAACAGUAAAAGGUUUAGAAAAUAUUAAUGAAUUAAAAGAAGAGUAUACAAAAAAAGAAAAUAUUGUAAAUAAUAAUUAUUCCUUAGAAAUUGAUAAACAUUUGGCACAAAUCAAAGAAAAAGAUUUAGAAAUUGAAAAACUUAAAGAAGAACUUUCAGAAAAAGAAAAUUAUGAUAAAAUGUUACAAGAAUUACAUGAACUAAAAGAAUCGUUAGUUAAAUCAAAACUUCAAUUAAAAAAUUUAGAAGAAGAAAAUACAAAAUUACGUGAACAGUAUGUAUCUGAUGAAGAGAUAGUUGAAUUAGAAUCAGAACUUUCAGAAGUUAGAACAGAAUUAGAAGAACGUGAAAAGGAAAUUGUUAAAUUAAAAGAAAUAGUAUCUAAAAAAGAGAUUGAAUGGAAAGAAUUGUUAGAAAAAGAAGCUCUUAGAUAUCGGGAGUUAUCAAAAGAUAAGAGAGAUCUUGAAUUAGAAAUGUCUAAAUUAAGAGAUGAAAAUCAUACAUUGAAAAAUGAAUAUCAAUCAAAUCAUAUCAUUAAUAAUUCUUCUUCAAAUAACAUUGUAUUAUCAGAGAAACAAAAUAGUGCCGGUCAAAAUUUAUCACAAUACAAGAGAACGAUGUCUUCAAUGACGACAAUGUCAGUCAAAUCUCUUCAUGCUUUUCAAUAUGAUGGUGAUGAUAUUAAUGUAUACAAAGAUUAUAUUCAGAAACAAAUACGAUUGAUUGCUGUUUUGAGAAAAAAACUUCAAGGAACGAAAAAAUAA